AUGUGUCGUGAGAAGUUGGCGCUGGGGGUGCAUCACGUGGUGAAGUUUCUUUGCCAGGCGAGGGCAGACAUGGAGGAAUCCCUGGAGGGCGGUGCCACAGCUCUCAUUGUCGCAGCAUACAAGGGAGACGUUGAGGUGGUCCAGCUUCUUUGCGAGCUGAAGGCAGACGUGAAUCGUCCACAGUCGGACCAUGCUUCUCCUCUCUUCGUGGUGGCCGAGAACUCGCAGACAGAAGGUGACCGAGUUCUUCGAGCUUUGCUCGAAGCCGGCGCCGAGAAGGACCAAGCAACGCAGAGCGGUCGUACCCCACUGCUUGCAGCGGUUCGAGGAGGACGCGUCGCGCUUGUGCGAACACUUUGCGAGUAUCGUGCCGACUUGAACAAGGCGGCAGACAGCGGCUGGUCACCGCUUCUGCUGGCUGUGCAGAGAGGACUGCUGGAGGUUGUGGACUGCCUCUGCGAUGCCAGGGCCGGCAUUGAUGUUACCAUGAAGGACGGAUCUACCGCCCUUCACUUGGGGGCACGGUGUGGCUUCAGCAAGAUCUUGGCGCGUCUCUUGGAGGCGGGAGCGGACAUCGACCGGCAGCGCCUUGAUGGCUGCACCCCACUCCAUGCUGCCGCCUAUGGCGAUCACCUCGACGCCCUACAGCUCCUUUGUGAUGCUCGAGCUUCCCUGGCCCUUUGUGACGCAAGCGGCCACACUGCGUGGGAGGUCGCACAGAUGCUCGACCAUGAUCUGGCAGCCUCGUUCCUUUGGGAUGUGGCCAGGAGCAAAGGCCGUGUGGUGCCUGAGCGAGUCAUGGCAAGGCGCA